AUGACUGCAGCCCGAGAUCAGGACGUGUUUUUGGGCUUUGACUUCAGCACGCAGCAGUUGAAAGUUUUGGCAUUGGACUCAGAGCUCCGGAUUCUCUAUGAAGACAAAGUCCAAUUUGACUCAGACCUCCCAGAGUUCAGGACUCAGGGCGGGGUCCACAUCCAGGAGGACAGACUGACCGUGACCUCACCCACGCUCAUGUGGGUCCAGGCUCUGGACCUGCUGUUGGACAACAUGAAGACUAGAGGAUUCCAAUUCUCCAGGGUGAAGGCGCUCUCUGGGAGUGGACAGCAGCACGGCAGUGUGUUCUGGAGGAAAGGAGCCGGUCACAAACUGACAACCAUGGAUCCAGAGCAGCAGCUAAGCCACAUCCUACAGGACAGCUUCUCCGUACCUCAGUCCCCUGUGUGGAUGGACUCUAGCUCCAGGACUCAGUGUGAUGCACUGGAGCGAGCAGCAGGGGGCGCUCUACGACUGUCUGAGAUCACUGGCUCCAAGGCCUAUGAGCGCUUUACAGGAAACCAGAUCUCCAAAGUGUUCCACACUCGACCAGAAGAGUUCUACCAGACUGAGAGGAUUUCGCUUGUCAGCAGUUUCGCAGCCUCUCUGUUCCUGGGAAAAUAUGCUGCAAUUGACUUCAGCGAUGGGUCUGGGAUGAACCUCUUGGACUUGUCUUCUAAGGCCUGGUCUGACGUCUGUCUAGAUGCCUGUGCACCAGGACUGCGCCCUCUCCUGGCUGACCCUGUGGACUCCUCAUCAGUCCUGGGCUCCGUCUGCUUGUACUUUGUGAAGCGGUUUGGAUUCUCAGAAACCUGCAGCGUCGUGGCUUUCACCGGAGACAAUCCUGCGUCUCUGGCUGGGAUGAGACUUCAGCCUGGAGAUGUCGCUGUCAGUUUAGGCACCAGUGAUACAGUGUUCCUGUGGCUGCAGUACCCCCAGCCGGCACUAGAGGGACAUGUCUUCAUCAACCCAGUCCAGCCAGAGCACUACAUGGCCCUGCUGUGCUUUAAGAACGGGUCGCUGGUGCGAGAGCGGAUCCGGGAUCAGACUGGAGGCUCCUGGGAUAAAUUCUCCUCAGCUCUGAGCUCCAGUCCCCUCGGGAACAACGGGAACAUUGGACUUUACUUUGACGUGAUGGAGAUCCUCCCGGCAGCAUGCGGCGUGCGGCGCUUUGAUGCUGACGAUAACGAGGUGGCGUCCUUCCCUCCUCACACUGAGGUGCGCGCUCUGCUGGAGGGACAGUUCCUGUCACGAAGACUACACUCAGAACGACUGGGAUACCACAUCUCUCCAGGGACUAGAGUUCUGGCAACAGGAGGAGCAUCUUCAAACCGCCACAUCCUGCAGGUCUUAUCAGACGUGUUUAACGCUCCUGUCUUCACCAUCGACAGCUCCAACUCGGCAUGUCUCGGAUCAGCCUACAGAGCUCUUCAUGGUUUGUUGAAACAGUCCGGUGUUUCGUUCUUCGAUGCAGUGAAGAACGGAGCAGAACCAAAACUCAUGGCGACGCCGGAUCCAACAGCCAAUCAGGUUUAUGACCAGAUGUUGAAACGCUUCGCUCAAGUGGAGGAGAGAGUCCUGCUGGAGUCACGCCCCCAGAUCUGA